CCAUAAAAUAUUAUUGCUAUUAUUUUCCACGACGCAUUUGGACGAAAAGCUGACCAAGGACGAGACAGAAACAACAACAGAAAGCUUUGGUACUACUGUAGCUGGCUGGCUAGUACCUACAUCCUUCGGUUACCUUGGCAGUAGUUCCACAGAUUGGUUGGCCUGGGAGGAGGAGUCGAGUCCAUCGAAAACGGGGUUUCCACGUUGCCACAAUUAUUCUUUAUAAACAGAUCGACCACUCAGUACCAUGUCUGGUACCAGCUCCACCCUCGAAGGGUCUGUAUUGGACUACUACUUUUGCGCUAUUCAGCGUGAUGAAGAUGACAAGUUCUCUUCUGACAUAGACUCUCCGUUGUGUCCCAUUGUCGGCAAAUGCGGCCAUUCCUUUUGCAAAAAGAAUUUAGAAGACUACUUUUCCAAAAUCAAGCGAGGACGAACCAAGCGAUUGCCGUGCAUCUACCACUGCUCCCGAAAGCGCAAAUCCAGAGAGUCUGGCGUACUGACGAGAGAAAAGAUUCCGGCGUUUACCCGCAACGAGUUCGCUCCCAAUUAUAGUCUCUGUCAGGCCAUACGCGACAUUACCACUCUUCAAACCAAACUGUUGCAUGCUGGCCAUGACAGGCGGAAAAAAGUGUUGCGGGAUGCUCCCAAGAUGGCGACCUUUCACAAGUGCCCCAAUUGCCAAACCGAGUUUACCACCGAAAGCAACAAUCAAGAUGCAAUGGCAUCCCCUCACGCUCCGAUUGUCGGUAUUUGUGGACACACGUUCUGUCUCUCCUGUUUCUUUGAUAUGCAUGCCGCAGCGUUGAGUCAGACACGUCAAUUAAAGUACUUUCGCUGUCUGACAUGCAAACGGGAGAAAUCGUUUCAUUCGGAAUCCUACUGGGAAAACAUUUCACUGAAGAGUGCCUUGCGGUAUUGGCAUGGGCUGAGGGAGGGUAAAGUGGAUCUAAGAAACUUACAACAACAGAGUCAUGACAGUGACAAGGAAGAAGCAUCAGCAGCACGACACAUUCCGGUCCGUCGCAUCAAACGAGAAGAACCCUGUAGUGAAUGGAUGAUUCAACAAAAUCCUACACCAAACAACCACAACAAGCCACAGCAACAACAACAACCGCCAUUGCAAAUUAUCAAAAUCGAACCAGAGGAUGAUGAUGAAGAGGUUACUUCUCCCAACAACAAGAACGGUCCCGCUAAUGAAGCUGUGCCGCGAUUUGACUCCAAAACGUAUGAGGAUAAAGCGCAUGAUGAAGAAGAGUUUGAUUGGGAUCCUCAAGAAUGGGAGGACGACGACAAUCCUACCAGUAUUCGUCACAGCGUGUCCGUAAAACAGGAAGAACGCGAGGAAUCCAAUGACGACCAGUUACAUUGCAAUGGCGACAAUGCCAAUCUACCAGUCGCUGGUGGAAGCCAUUCAUCGUCACGCAAACAACAACGCAAGAAGAAUCCUCCACUCAACAACAAUGAAACAAAGAAACGAAAGAAGAAAGAGAAGAGCUCAUUGGGAAAGAAGAGACGUCGUGAGGAAGAGCGUCUGGAAGAAAGAAACCAUGAGGAUAGACCAAGCAUUACAAACACUAGAGCACGAACUGGCUCGCAACAAUCCAAGUCUUUGGUUGUCGACAAGGACCGCAACCAAAAGUCAAUACGAAACCAUGGGGGAGAGUCACAUGGUGAUGCCAACGACAAUCAUCCGCGUGGGUUCAGCGGGAACGAUCAAGGGUCGGAACCUCACCAACAUCCGGUUGCUCGUACUCAGGAGCCAUCCUUCCAUCACCACCAAGACGAGGGCGUCAUUGACAUUGAUGACUCAUCUGACGAACAAGAGGUCACUAGAGAGAGUCAACAUAUUUCCACUGAUCACUACAAUGAUGUAAUUGAUGUUGGCGAUGAGGAGGAAGAUGCAGCGGUAGCUGUGGAAGAAGCAGCUAUCAAAGCCGAGGAUUCGGAGAGAGAAAAUCAAGAUGAAGCAUCUGUCAAUGCGGUGGCUGCACACCAUGACGCAGCCAGCCUUCCUCAAGCAGCCGUCAAAACCGAGUAUUCGGAGAGAGAAAAUCAGGAGGAAGCUGCUGUCAAAGCGGAGGCUGUAAACCAUGGUGCAACCCGCGCAGAAGACCCUGCUGUGGCUGUAGAAGCACCUGUGGAGGUUGAAAGCAAGGUUGUUUCUGGCACGCCACGGUUUGUGUUUGAUGAACACAAUCCAAACGUAGAACUCAAUCUGCUAGUAUAUAAUCUGCGAAAGGAAGGGAAACUCCAGUUUCUACUCUGGGAUGAGUUAAAUCCAGGUGGUUUGGAUUGGCACGUCUACGACGAUUCUCAUAGUCUCUUAUGCGUGGUGCCCGAUAGACAUGUGAAGAAGUUGAUGGACGACGAGUAUGCAGACAUGAUAACAAAGUCGAAAUCCUCGAACUUUGAGGUGCUAAAAUACGAUCAUGCCGAGAAGCAGUGGCUGGUAGAAUCCAUCAAGGAAGAAGAGAGAGUUGUGGAAGAAGCUUACGUCAAGACUACGUUUGUUAAAGAAUUCAUUGAGAGAGCAAAAGAAAGAAGCCCCGAAUGGCUGCCCAUCAAGCCAUGGUGCCGCACACUUCCACCAAUCGACGCAGAUCAUGCUAGGGGAAUUUCAGUUGGUGCGCUCCGAUUCCCGUCCGUAGGAGGCAAUGACUGGAAGCUUCUGUGUGGUUUUGCUUCAGCGGUGCAUUCAAUGGGGCUACAAACAGGAGCCGAAGAAAUGUACAAAGCCAUGAGAGCGGGUCCUAACGAUGAGCACGAGCAUCAGAUAGAGCGGCUUGGAAACGCCGUUGAAGCAUAUCUCCCGGACUAUCGUUUGUGGGAAAGUGAAAACGCUUUCUGCCAAAACUUUGACAUGAGUGUUGAGAUCCAGCGACAUCACCCUCCAAUGAUUGUUCGCCCCAAGCUUGCAAAGCCUGCAUGGACUUGCUUGCUUGUCAUUUACAAUGACUUGAUCUUUGAACCAAAUUCUGGCUGCAUUCUCAAGGCGACUGUGGAGAACUUUGCUGCUUGCUGUGGCUGUCCGGGCAUGUUCAUAGGUAUUGCAAGGUCCUGGUCGCUUGUCCCGAAAUCAGAGGUCCCAGAGCCAACAAUGAAGAAACAGGGAGGCCGGAAUGGGGGAUCAAAAGAGGAGAAUCAAUCCGGUGACAAGCGCACGCAGCCACGCCAUGGAAAUAUGCGAUCAGCCGAUCAGGCGCCAGGCAUCAAAGCUGAGGAUCGUCCGAGUGGCUCCUUCCAAAGCAACAGGGGUUUCAACGACCUAGAAGGACGUCACAGGGGUGGUGGUUUUAGAAACCAAAAUGGACGAGGCAGGAACGAUGCAGAUCACAGCCGCACUGGUUCUAACGAACCCAGUCAUCGAGGGAAUAGCCGGAAUGGCUACGCUGGCAGGCCUCACAUCAACCCUUCCGAUCGAAGAGGUGCUUUCCAUGACAGGGCAUCAGAUUAUCGAAGACGAGGCAGGAGGUGA